AUGGAACUCUCGAUCGGAACUCCACCGGUAAAGACCUAUGCUCAAGUAGAUACCGGUAGUGACCUUAUAUGGCUCCAAUGCAUUCCUUGCACUAACUGCUACAAACAACUCAACCCUAUGUUUGAUCCUCAGAGCUCCUCCACUUACUCCAACAUCGCUUAUGGAUCAGAGUCAUGUUCUAAACUCUAUUCAACCUCGUGUUCUCCUGAUCAAAACAAUUGCAACUACACUUAUUCAUAUGAGGACGAUUCCAUAACAGAAGGAGUGUUGGCACAGGAAACACUUACCUUAACAUCAACCACAGGGAAACCAGUGGCCCUUAAAGGCGUUAUUUUUGGAUGUGGACAUAACAACAAUGGUGUUUUCAAUGACAAAGAGAUGGGUAUAAUAGGUCUUGGAAGAGGACCCUUGUCACUCGUUUCUCAAAUAGGUUCUUCUUUUGGAGGCAAGAUGUUUUCUCAAUGUUUGGUUCCAUUCCACACUAACCCUAGUAUUACAAGCCCAAUGAGUUUUGGUAAAGGAAGUGAAGUAUUGGGGAAUGGUGUGGUUUCUACACCUUUGGUUUCUAAAAAUACCCACCAGGCAUUUUAUUUUGUUACCCUACUAGGAAUUAGUGUGGAAGAUAUUAAUUUACCCUUUAACGACGGUUCUUCUUUAGAGCCUAUUACAAAGGGUAACAUGGUGAUUGAUUCAGGGACACCAACAACUCUUUUACCCGAAGAUUUUUAUCAUAGAUUGGUCGAAGAAGUGAGGAACAAAGUUGCAUUGGACCCCAUACCGAUUGAUCCAACUUUGGGUUACCAACUUUGCUAUCGGACACCAACUAAUCUUAAAGGAACGACGCUAACAGCUCAUUUUGAAGGUGCCGAUGUACUUUUAACGCCCACCCAAAUCUUCAUUCCGGUACAAGAUGGUAUUUUUUGCUUUGCAUUCACCAGCACUUUUAGUAACGAAUAUGGCAUUUAUGGAAACCAUGCUCAGUCAAAUUAUUUGAUUGGGUUUGAUUUGGAAAAGCAACUGGUAUCUUUCAAGGCGACAGAUUGCACCAACCUACAAGAUGCACCUUCUAUUAAUGGGGUGCUCCCCAAUGUUCUUUCUGCACCCAUGUACUUGCUCCUUUUACCCCUUUUACUAAUUAUAUUACAAAAUUAA